CGAUAAGGGAAGAAAAGAAAGAAAAAAAAGGGAAAAAAAAAAGUAGACAAGCAGUCUCAGCGUUUGCCAACAAGGUUGAUGGAAGAAGUCAACUGUUAACCUUCAUCAAGACUCCAGAGGGUCCAAUCCUCUCAAUAGAGCACCAUGCCGUCAAACAGCUUCUUUACCGACACGGAAAAGCCGUCAAAGAAGGUGAAGCUUCUUGACAGCGAUUCCGAAGACAGCGACGGAGGAGGAGCCCAUCUCGAUGCCUCCCAACUAAAGGUCAAUGAGGAGUAUGCCCGCAGGUUCGAGCAUAAUAAAAAGCGAGAAGAGCGACAGAGACUCGAGGAAAAAUACAAAAACUCCAAGCUGGGCGCUGAUGACUCCUCCUCCUCCUCCGAUUCCGACUCCUCCUCCUCUGAAGACGAAGAAGGUUUCUUAGUGACAGAGGACCUGGACGCGCGAAUCUCGGCCACGCUGAACGCCAUCAAGAACAAAGAUCCUCGUGUACGCGACAAGAAUUUCACCUUCUUUCCGUCCACGGCAGAUGGCCAGGAAGAGUCAGGUCCUUCACAGAAGAAAGAGAAGCCUCUGCGUUUGAAAGACUACCAUCGCGAGAAGAUCCUAGCCGGCGACGUGGGCGCCUCAGACGAUGAAGAAGAGGCGCCGCCGCCACGGACGUAUGCGCAGGAACAGGACGCUUUGAAGAAGUCCAUCGUAUCCGAGAUUCACAAGGCCGCUGCCGAGGGGGGCUCGGACAACCAAGGUUCCGACGAUGACUUCGUCACUCGCAAAGAGAAGCCGAAAGAGAAGCUCGACGCCAACGGGGUCCAUCCGUCCCGCGCCGCCGCUGUCUCUACCAUCACCGAAACGGACGUCGUGAAUGCCGAGAAGGACCCGGAAACGUUCCUGUCGAACUUCAUGGCGGCUCGUGCCUGGGUACACAACGACGGGAGGAACUGGGAGGCGUUCGAGUCGGAUGCCGACGACGACGGGCACGUUGACAAGGCCGAGGAGUUCGAGCAGGCGUACAACCUCCGGUUCGAGGACCCGCACAAGAGCAACGAGGUGCUGAGGUCAUACGCUCGUGACAUCACAGCCUCCAAGUCGGUUCGGCGCGAUGAACUGACGGGGCGGAAAAGGCAACGCCAGCUCGAGAAGGAGAAGAAGGAGGCCGAGAAGCAGCAGCGGCGCGAGGAGAAGGCGCGCCUGCGGCGUCUGAAGCUCGAGGACGCCGAGGCGAAGCUCCGGAAGAUCAAGCAGGCCGCCGGUCUGAGCGGCAAGGAACUCAACGAGGACGACUGGGCUUGGCUCCUCGACGAGGCCUGGGACGACAAGAAGUGGGAGGAGGAAAUGCAGAAACGGUUCGGCGACGCGUAUUACGCCGCGGCCGAGGUCGCCUCGUCGUCGGACGAAGAAGAUGGCGGGAAGAAGAAGAAGAAGAAACCCAAGAAGCCGAAGUGGGAUGAUGACAUCGACAUCACCGACAUCGUCCCCGACUUUGAGGAUGACGUCGCCAAACCGGACAUUACACUCACCGAUGAUGAAGGUGAAGGUAACGGCGCAGCGGCAGACAAAGAGGAGCACGACGAAGACGAGGACGAGGAGGACGACGACGACGACGGCCGUCCUUCCAAGAAACGCAAGACGGCCAAGGACCACAAGAAGGAGCGCCUCAUCGCCAAGCAAACCGCCAAAGCCGAGCGCCGCAAACUCGAAGCCCUCGUCGACGCGCGCAUGGACCUGGACCACCCGGACGUCCUCGCCGGCGCGGAGGACGGCGACCCCGAGGCCGCCGAGACGGGCAGGCAGGCCGCCGCGCGGCUCAAGUUCCGCUACCGCGAGACGUCGCCGCAGUCCUUCGGCCUCACGCCGCGCGACAUCCUCUUCGCCCCCUCGGACGCCGACCUGAACCGCUUCGCCGGCCUGAAGAAGCUGGCGCCCUUCCGCGACCCGGAGAAGAAGGGCAAGGACAAGAAGAGGCUGGGCAAGAAGGCCCGCCUGCGCGAGUGGCGCCGCGAGAUCUUCGGGAGGCAGUACGAGCGCACCGGUCCUACGGACGACUUGGCCGGCGCGGCUUUUGCGGCUGCCGAGGCCGAGCGGGAGAAGAGGCGGAAGAAGAAGCAGGAGGAGGUGAAGGGCGAUGCCGCAUCUGGCCCUGCCGCUGCUGCUGCUGAGGGGGGCGAUGAGCAGGCGAAGAAGAGGAAGAGGAAAAGGUCCAAGGGGAAGAAGAACCAGGAUGGCGAUUCUGCUGCUGUGGCUACCACCACGAAAUAGAGGAGUUAUUGUUCCAAGCCGGUGAAGGAUCUUGACCUGCAAACUGGCGCUGCUCUUGGCCGCCUUUAGCUGGCAGGAGGAAAGCGGAAUGUCUGUACUCUUAGACCUCUUACAUACAUUCCUCCCUGACCUCCUCCUCGUGAUUUAAUUCAUGGGCCUGCACAAGUCCGAUACCACAACAGGUAACAGGGAAGAGAAGGCCAAACUUGAAGUGCUCGGGAAAAGAGAAUAACAUAUUGCCCCUGUUUUUGGUCUUUUUAUCAGUAUCCAAAGUGCCUUUUCCGACGACUCCUGGAUUUGCGAUUUGCCCCCCGAGCUCCUUGCUAGCCAAUUGUGUAUAUACUCCUUCGGAAAAGAAACCCCCUUAAAAAC